AAUGAGCCCAUUUCGUUGACUUACCUUGUUGCCAAUUAGAGUUUGACGUUUAAUAUCGGUGGUGAAAAAUUUCUAAAAAAAAAAAAAGAGUUUCUUGCAAAAUUUUUCGAUUCAUUUGCAUUUUGGGUUUACAACUUCUAAUUGCGAACCGCUUGUUAAAAAUCCCAAAUAAAUUAAAGAUAAUAUAUCAGUUUGAGAAAUUAUUGAAAUCAAGCCUGUCAUAAUGUGAAAAGCAAAAAACAGUUUGUGUACUAUACGUAAAAUUCAAAAUACAGAACUGUACAAACGACUUAUAAUAAAGAAACCUUAAAGAAUACCACGAUUUUCAAUUGAUGUAGGCCUAAAAAUAAGUGGCAAAAUACUUUUGUAAUAAUCUUCCACCAUCAGCAACUUAAUUUAUUGCAGACGACGUGUCCACGCCCACUGAAAAACCAUAAUUAAAACGCGAAUAAAAACUGAUUUCAAUACAAUAUGUACAUAUUUGUUAUUAUUAUAAUAACUUUAACUUUGUUAGACUAAAUAUGUGCAGCAUUUAACCAAAAAUUUAUCAUGCGAUAUUUAAAUGAAUAUAAUCUGAAUUCUAUUUGAAGUAAGGCAAUAGUAUUUUUAUAUGUGUAUAAAAACGAAACAAGAAAUUAAUAGAUUUUCAUGGUGGAGGCAAAUUGGUUGUGACUCAACAAUUCAAACGGUAUCAGUAGAGCUCAUUCUUCGAAAAUUCGGGCCGCUUCUUCAGCAACUUUAAUAAUUACUGUUUUUCAGAUGGUGACGAAACGUGUGUCACUAGACUGAUUGGUUAUGUACUACACAUUAAAGGUCGAAAUAGAUAUUUUUUUGAUUGUUGUGAAACGUUGGUCAGUACUUAAAACUUAAGCAUUCAGCGUUAUGCUUGACAAAAAUCUUUAAAUAAAACAACAAUUACAAAUAAGUGAAGCUCUUUUUACUCGGAAUAAAUCAGAAAUAAGUAAAUAUACAAAUGAGUGCAACUAUCAGACAACAAGAUGGGCAGGUGGGCACGCGUCCAAAGAUGAAUGCUUCUAGUGACUUAUUGACCAAGGAUGAGAAUGAAGUUGUCUUCAGUUUGCUGGGCAAAAAAUGUCAGACGUUAAACACAGCCGUGGUGCAGAUCUACAAAACGGAGGGUUCCGCACAUUCGCAUUGGAAGAAGAAGCAUACUGGUGUCGUUUGUUUUGUAAAAGAUAGCGCGAAAAGAUCGUAUUUCUUACGAGCUUACUGUUUAAUAAAAAACGAACAGAUUUGGGAACAUGAGUUGUACGACGCCAUGAAAAUGAUAAAGGCGCGACCUUUUCUUCUCACCUUCGAAGGCCAAGAUGGGCACGUAGGUUUGAAUUUUGUUUCUGAGGAGGAGUGCGAUUCCUUUUAUAGAGCUGUGGACACAACAAUUGAGACGAGAAAUCGAAAGAAAUUAGAAAAGCGGAAUCGUGCUAAAGCACAAGCAGCCCCAAAUAUUCCCCCCCCGGUUAAUAGGGACUCUAUGAGACCAACGCCUGCGAUCAGUCAAACGAUAACGGACUCUAGCGUGCAAUUGCGAAACCAUCCACAAAAAAUUAAUUCAGUUACACUAACUCCUGGACCUAACCCAGUGGCAACAUCAAAGAAUUUUCUCAGCAGUAGUUUUGGUCUCUCAGGCUCAUCAUCCGGCAAGGACAAGAAGAGAAAAGUUACUAAGGCUGAUAUAAGUACACCGACAAAUUUUGUGCACAUAAGUCAUCUCGGUUGGGAUGCAGAUAAGGGUUUCGAUAUAACGGGCAAUGAGAAUGACGAAGUACUCACAAGUUUCUUUGCCAAAGCUGGUGUAUCUGAGAAUGAGCUGAAAGAUCGUGAUACGCGUGCAUUCAUCUACGACUUUAUUCAGAGUAAUAAUGUGUUAGCAUCGGUAAAAUCGGAGCGCGUUGAAUCGCCAAAAUCUACUGCUCCAGCAGUGCCUCCACCUGUGCCAAGCCGUCACCAGCAUCACCAAAAUGGUUCAACUGUAAGCCAAAGAACUGCACCACCACCACCGCCUCCGGCAAGACAACCGCCUCCUCCAGUGCCCACAACAGUGCCAGGUGCGACACGUACACCAGCACCUCCCACUAGACCGCCACCCAUAAACGUUGCUCCACCCCCACCAGCACCACCUCAAACCAUAGUGGCUGCACCAGCCACAGCACCACCUCCUCCACCGCCACCACCUCCACCACCACCACCAGCAAUAACAGAAUCACCAUUAACAAAUACGACUGAUGCGCCGGCGGUAGAAACAAAGCGACCAACAGCAACAUUGCCGGUUGUACCAGACGUUCGGAGUGCGCUCCUGGAGAGCAUACGUAAGGGCAAGACAUUAAAGAAAGUAGAUACGGCUGCACUAAGCACUGGCAGUGGGGAUUCUCAUAGUGAUCUUAUGUCCGAAAUUCGGGGCGGAUUUGAAUUAAAGCCGUCACAUGAUCGCACGCCAGCUAAUCGCAACAGCGAUGACGCCACUGGUCCCGCCGGUAGCGAUGCUCUGGCGGUCGCUUUAAGACGAGCAUUGCUCGAACGGGAACGCGUCAUGCAGCCGUCAGAUGAUGAAAACGACGAUUCGUCUGGUAAUGAUGAUGAAUGGGAGGAUUAAAUGCUAAAUUGUAUAAGUAAUUUGCAAUAGAGUUGUGAUGUAAGCAUCUGUACGUUAGCAAGGAAAUAAAUGUAUAAACGAUGAAAGCGAAUGCAUUAUAAAGUCCAAUAUUUCAUUGAUAUUCCGUUAACUCAUUAAAUUCUAUCUAAUGUAUCUAUGUAUACAUCUGUUACAGCGAUCUACUAUAUACAAAUGUAUAAUUACAUAUUCAUGCCCUGAAAUUAUAAUUUGACGUUUGUAACAUCCCCAAAGAAACGUCAUAAAACCUAUAAAAUAUAUAAUAUGUAUGGUAUACGUUAA